AUGUAAUCAUUAUAUAGAAAAAAUGAAAAGAUUUAGAGAAGCACUGCAAUUUUACGAUUAACCUAUUCAGAGAAACCCUAAUUAUUCAUUAUAUUAUUUAGACAAAGGUAAAUUAGUAAUUAAAUAUUUUUCAGUAAAUACCCUAGUGAAUUUUUUCAUAGAUUAUAAAAUACAUGAAUAGAUUGGGAGAGGCAUUUUAAAAUUAUGAUUUAGCCACCCUUCAUUCUCUUGAAAUAUUUGAGAUUUAAUUAUUUAAAGGUAAAUUGUAAAUCAUAUAUUAUUUAGCCUAAUCUUUAUUGAUUUUUAAGGCUUCAUCAUUAUGUAAAAACUGAUAUCAUUUGGGGAAGCCUUACAAAUUUAUGAUUCCCUGAUUCAGAUAAAUUCUAGCAAUCCUUUAUUUUUUUAGGGCAAUGGUACAUGGUCAAUCCCAACCAUUUUUUGUAGCAAUUAUCCUAAUAUUAUAUGUACAAAUCACCAAAAUUAUUUCUAACCAUUAGAUUUGAAGAAGCAUUAUAUUAUUAUGAUUUAGCAAUUAGAGAAACCCUGA